AUUAAGCUUAAAUGGACGGCGGUAAAUAAGAGGGCUUGAAAUGAUGGAGCGGCGUCGACGAGACAACGAUCUAUUUCCUAAGGUGUUGUUUUGUGGAUGCAAUUGAUAAGACCCCAUGGUGGUGAGGGUGAUGCGAUGUUGGGUUAGAAUUGCCAAACAGAUCGCCGAAGCACGCCAUGGUCCACAAAGAGACCGGCUUGGCACCCAUCCAUCGAUGCGUGCUUCAGUCAUUGGCCAACUCAACUCUCCCACGGAGAAAGCAUGUGAUGGUGCGAUUUUUCGUGAGAUUCUCCAUCUUCGGAGCAAAACAAAGCUUGUUGUUUGUGCAUAUGCUAGGCCGCCUGGAGCGUCAUUGCUUCCCCGGACCCCACGUAAUGUGCUCGAUUCUUUAUCGAUAAACCAAGUCAAAGAGGAACCCUCCCGAAAGUCGAAAGCCUUCAGUAAUACGUUGCGAAAAUGGCUUCAACCGAAAUCCCCGAUAGAUCGAAUGGCGCGUCGAAGAAGAAGAGCUUGAUUCUCAAUGCCUUCGUAAUGAUGUGCAGCGGGCAUCAGUCACCCGGACUGUGGCAGCACCCCGAUGACCAUUCGUCCGAGUUUAACGACGUAGAGCACUGGGUCGAGCUGGCGAGAACAUUGGAGGCUGCAAAGAUCCAUGGGAUAUUCAUUGCUGAUGUCCUUGGAGGCUACGACGUGUACGAUGGCCCUCGAAACCUCGAACACGCAAUUCGAUCAGGCGCGCAAUGGCCUACAAACGAGCCUCUGGCAGUUCUUUCGGCGAUGGCAGCAGUAACCAAGAGUAUAGGCUUUGGUGUUACGGUGGCUACCACGUAUGAGCAACCGUACCAUCUCGCCAGGCGACUCUCCACUGUUGAUCACCUCACGAAAGGAAGACUUGGCUGGAACAUCGUGACCGGGUACUUGGACUCGGCGGCUCGGAAUCUCACGAACUCAGAACAGCCUGCCCACGACGAGCGAUACGCUAUGGCCGAUGAAUACCUGCAAGUCAUGUACAAGCUCUGGGAGUCGUCUUGGAGAGAUGAUGCCGUGGUUUUGGACAGGAAGAAGGGAAUCUAUUCCUACCCUGAUCGUAUCAGGGAGAUCAACCACAAAGGAAAGUACUAUCAAGUACCCGGCCCGCAUAUCUGUCAGCCCAGUCCUCAACGAACACCUGUCUUGCUCCAGGCUGGAACUUCGAAAGCCGGGAAAACCUUUGCAGCACGACACGCCGAGGCAAUCUUCGUGGCCGGCCACAGUCCUUCAGUGAUAGCAAAGAACGUUGCAGAGAUCCGAGAGCUUGCCAAGGAGUUUGGCAGAGAUCCUCAGAACGUCAAGUUUCUGGCGUUGAUCUGCCCAGUCAUUGGCCGAACCGAAGAAGAAGCAGCUGCUAAGUUCGAGGACUAUUCGAAGUACGGCUCUAUCGAGGGAGCUCUGACACUAUUUGGAGGCUGGACUGGUGUUGAUCUUGCGAAAUACGGCGACGACGAAGAGCUCCGCAAUGUUGAGAGCAAUGCUAUUCGUAGGUCUGCUGUAGAGGCUUGGUCCAAAGCUGCUCCUGGUAUCAAGAAGUGGACAAAGCAUACAGUGGCAAAACACAUAACUGUCGGCGGGCUGGGAGCUACUGUCAUAGGAACUCCGGCGCAAGUUGCAGAUGAGUUUGAAAGAUGGGUCCGCGAAGCAGACGUGGAUGGUUUCAACAUCGCAUAUGCCAUCAAGCCGCAAAGCUUUAUCGAUGUGGCCGAACUUCUUCUGCCUGAGCUGCGGGCCCGUGGGGAGUUCUGGGAUGACUAUGCAGUCCCUGGUGGAACAUACCGAGAGAAUAUCUAUAGGAUCCCUGGUCAAAGUGGUCUUCUACCGGAGCAUUCGGGCUCCAAAUAUCGAUGGAAAGCGGGUGUUGAGGCCAAGGACCAUCAAAUCCCUGAGACGACUGUUCCCGAGUGAACAUUUGCCACAGUGAAAGGAAGAUCGGAAUUUCGUUUCAGAGGUGUAUCUCGGUAUCAACAGGUUCUUACGUCCAAUCGGAUAUAAUAAGUAGUCUUUUCUUGAUGAAUCGGAUGAAG